CGUUCUCACACAAACACUCACUCGCUAUACAGACCUCAGAGAAACUUGAGUACGACGACAGGGCAGCAUGUCUAAUAUCGCAAAAGUUCUUUCCAGGAGGCAGGACAGAGGAGAAGGAGUGGGAACAAACAAGAAGUCCAUUCCCUUCAACAAGCAGAAUUACCAGAGCCUGAAGCAGGAGUGUCUGGCAAAAAAAGCCCUGUUCUGUGACCCGACCUUCCCUGCUGAACCCAGCUCUCUGGGAUACGAUCAACUCGGGGAGCAGUCCUCCAAGACCAGGGGAGUGCAGUGGAAGAGACCUAAGGAGCUUUACUCAAAUCCUCAGUUCAUUGUGGAUGGAGCUACGCGGACAGACAUCUGCCAAGGAGCUUUAGGUGACUGUUGGUUGCUGGCAGCUAUUGCAUCUUUGACUCUGAAAAAUGAGUUUCUGGAACGUGUAGUUCCACAUGGACAGAGUUUUUCAGAGAACUAUGCCGGCAUCUUUCACUUUCAGUUCUGGCAGUUUGGUGAAUGGGUAGAUGUGGUCAUUGAUGACCGGCUACCCACCAAAGAUGGGAAGCUGCUCUUUGUUCAUUCAGCUGAGGGCUCUGAGUUCUGGAGCGCCCUGUUGGAAAAGGCCUAUGCAAAGCUAAACGGCUCAUAUGAAGCCUUGACGGGAGGCCGGGCCACUGAGGGUUUUGAGGAUUUUACUGGAGGCAUAGCUGAGAGCUAUAAACUGAGCAAAGCUCCUCCACACCUGUUUAAGCUCAUGCAGAAAGCACUGAUGCUGAAAUCAUUAAUGGCCUGCUCCAUUUCUUCCAGUUCACAGGACACAGAAGCGAAGACGAGUCUGAAGCUGGUGAAGCUUCAUGCCUACUCCAUCACAGGCGCAAAGGAGGUUCAUUCUUAUGGCCGUCUGGUUCAGCUGGUGCGUAUCAGGAACCCGUGGGGUCGGGUGGAGUGGAUAGGCCCUUGGAGUGACAAUUCCACAGAGUGGAACAGCGUCCAACCUGAGGAGAAAGCCAAACUGGUUUAUUCAGCUGAAGAUGGAGAGUUCUGGAUGGCGUAUUCAGACUUCAUACAGCAGUUCUCGAGGUUGGACAUCUGUAAUCAGACUCCAGACGCCCUUUCAAACGCCACUGUGAGCCGCUGGAACUACAGCCAGUUUGAAGGUGACUGGAGGGUGGGAUCCACUGCAGGCGGCUGCAAGGAAAAUAAAGCUACAUUCUGCUCAAACCCUCAAUUUGUAAUCAAGCUGGAGGAAGAAGAUGAUGAUCCUUAUGAUGGAGAGGAUGGCUGCACGAUCCUAGUGGGUCUGAUGCAGAAAGAUUUUCGUAAGGACAAGCGGAUUGGACGAAAACCGAACGCCAUUGGCUUUACUAUCUAUAAGGUUCCAGAUAAGUUAAAGGGUCGCAACAACAUUCAUCUCGGUCCUGAUGUAUUGCUGCAUCAGCAGUCCACUGCACAAAGCAAGCCCUUCACCUGCCAGCGAGAGGCGAUUGAGCGCUUCAAACUGCCUCCGAGUGAAUACGUCAUCAUCCCUUCCACUUACGAGCCGCAUUGCAAUGGAAGAUUUAUACUGCGCGUGUUCACAGAGAAAGAGGCAGCUGCCAGCCCGAUGGAUAUGGAGAUCAGUGCAUACGUGGAAAAGGUGAAUUCAUCAUUUACAAACAUACAAUACAUAUCUGAUAGUGAUGUGGAACCACAUUUCAAACAACUUUUCAAUCAGUUUGCUGGAAAUGACUCAGAGGUGUCUGUGUAUGAACUAAAGCAGAUCCUGGACAGUGUUAUCUUCAAACGAACUGAUGUCAAGACCGAUGGAUUUAGUAUGGAAACCUGUCGUCACAUCAUCAGUCUGUUAGAUAGAAAUGGGAGCGGCAAACUCGGCAGUGUGGAGUUUCACAUACUGUGGAUAAAGAUCCAGAAAUACUUGGAGGUUUUUAAGAAGCAUGAUAAAGACAACUCGGGCACUAUGAGCUCCCAUGAGAUGAGAGAUGCCGUGAAAGAAGCAGGGUUCCAGUUGAACAAUGAUGUUCUUCAGGUGAUUAUCUCACGUUUUGCCAAUCAGCAGUACACCAUUGACUUUGAUUCCUUCGUUGGCUGCCUGAUUCGCCUGGAAAUGCUCUUCAAAAUGUUUAAAGUGUUUAAUAAGAAGAACACCGGGAAAAUUGAGCUGGAUAUCCUGCAGUGGCUCUGCUUGGCCCUCAGUUGAAAAUCCACUCCAAAUCCAACAUAACUGCAUCAGAAGUGCAUUCGUGUUUUGCUAUUGAACUGAAGAGGAUGCAGCAUACCUGGAAUACCCAAGAGUGAAAUCAACCAAAGACGCCUUCUGUGCAAAAUUGGAAUUGCUUAAAAAAAAUUAUUUGUUGAUGGUGCUCAUCUGCUGAUAAAUUGCUUGUAAUGAAGAUGACUAAAUCACAUUUUUCAUAUUUUCACUUUUUUUCAUAUAUUUGCUAAUUUUGAUAAUGUCAUGCUACCAUAGUAAACACAGAAAUUGCAAAUUACUUUGUUUCCAACAUAAAAAUCAUGAAUUAACAUGAUAUUGAAAAUCCGCCACCUAAUGUAUUAGAGUGUGUAAAUUCAAGACUUCAUUAAUCUUCAAUUCUUCUAAGACGAGUUUCAUGCAAAGAUUCAUUAAUACCUUAACAACUUAAUCUGAGGAUUAUUUAUUCCUAAAAUACCUUUGAUAUCCCAUUUCCUUCCUAAUUUGAUGAUGCUUUAUUGAAGUUUUUCUCUUUCUUCCGUAUAUUUCCUACAGUUAAGUAGAACAUGCUCUAUAUUUCCUUUGCAUUUACAAACCUAACAUUUGUCCGUGUUCACUUUUCUCAUAAAAAUACUGUAUUAAGUCUUGUGUGUCCUACCCAUAUUCUUGUAAACCUGAUUUCUUCUCUUCUGUUUUUACAAUUAAUGGUUUUACAUUUAAAUAAUUUUUGAAUACUGUAAUAUUUUCUUUGUUUAUUAUCUGAAUCCCAAAUCUUUUGCCAGUGAUUAUCAGUUUUGCUUUUAAUUAAGGCUUUAUUUUUUCCAAGGUAAAUCUCAAUUUUAUCAUUAUGAUUUAAUGCCUUUUCACUUAUUUGUCAGCUAUUUAAUUUCCUUGAACUCCUGUAUGUGCUGGUAUUCAACAGAAUUACACAUUUAUUUGUAAUUUUUCAAAGUUCAGCAGUGCUGUGUAGAUUUCUAUUAGAAUGUCAUCUCUAGCUGUUUUUUAAUACUCUGUAUCCUGCUUAAUCUAAAUACAAUACAACUCUGUCUGGUUUGAAUUUUUCCAUGGAUAUAACUAAAUUAAUGGAUAUUCUUUUACUAAUGUUUACUUUGAAUUCUGCAAUAGCAAUGGAUUUGAGAAGUGUGAGAUGUUGAAAAAGCUGCAAGGCCCAAUGGUCAAAGAUGUCAAUCUAACACAUAUUUCUAUAAGAAAACAAACAAACAAAAAAGCAGCAGAGCUUUGUAAACAGUUCACAGUAAUCUUGAUAUCUCCAUAAGAAUGAUAUAAACGCCAGAACAUAUUUACCAGGAUUUUUUUAAAAACCCUGUUCACACAUGAUCUCUCACUAGUAACUUACUGGUAAUUUACCAGUGAAGACUGUAUGUGUGAAAGGGGCUAAACGCUUCCUCUAAAAUGCUGUGAAUAAUAAUCAUGUUGUGAAGUGAAAUGUCACCAGGCCAUUGGCUCCCUCUGCAGGUAUUUGAUGUACUUAAAUUGGUUAUGUUUGUAUUAUGUAUAGACAUAUUACAUUUUGUAUUUUAACAGUCGAGCAACAGAGAAGUACAGCAGUUUGUGAGUGUUUUGCCUCGUUUUCUCAUUAGACUACUGUGUGAUCAUCAUUGCUGUAGAGAAUCAAAAGAGAAAAAGGGGACAGGUGAGGAGAAGGGAACGAAAGGGGAAACAGCUGAAAGAGAUAAUGAGCGGAGGAGUGGAUGUGUGUGCAUGAUUGCGUGAGUGAGUGUGCGAGUGUGUGACCACAAGAGGGAGACAGAGAAAGAGGAGAAGAAACCAGGAUCAUGACAAUUGCUAUGAAAGUUUGGAUUAAAUUGUGUGUCUUACCCUGGUAAAUACGUGCUGAAAGUGGCACUUGGUUUUGUGUUUGCCUAUUGUGGGACUGCCCAGUUUCGGGCUGCUAAAUAGUGAGGCGUGGCCAGCUGACUUCAAUCACAGGUAAUCAGGCAAAUAUAAAAGCGUUAGUAUACACCGCGGCAUUGGUCGCGGCAGCCCUUGUGUGAAGCCUCCUCGUGUAAAGACCAUCGAGUCUACCUUCGCGACUCCCCCGAGCAAGGACACCGCACUUGAGUAUUGCUUUUCUCCCCUUUCUUUACUUUUUGUAUAGCUUGUUCUCAAAUACCUAUUUCGGUCAAUUGUAGUCACUAUGUGCUUUCACAUCUCUACGAUCACUACAAACACUCGGAGAGCACGCAAUGUACAUCGCAGGAAAGCCUAUCCA